AUGGUGAUUUACCCUAAUAUUGUUACUGGCCUAAACUUCUCACAAAAUAUCUAUUUUAAAGAGACUUGUGUGAGAAUGCUUACUGCCUAUCUAGACAAACCUAAUAAAAUUGAUUAUCUCAAACUCAGAUUAUAAUCUCUAAAUCUAUCUUCAAUUCCAGUUGGGAAUAACUUCCAUCUAGCCUUGAUAUAACUCUUAGAGUCCAAAAGUCUAGUUCAUUUAGUAGAGCUUGAUGUUUCAAAUACGAAAAUGGGAGAUAAAAAUGCAAAAGCCUUUUUAACAGCAGUUCUUAACUCUGUGUAACUAGUCUAAGAUAAAAAGUCAAAGAAAAAUCCUAUUCUUGGAACUCAAACUACUUAUUCCUAUGAUAACUACAGAUGCCCCAUCGAAAAUAUAAAUCUUUCAAGAAAUAACCUAGGAUUUAAAACAGGGGCAUAUAUAAUGAGCCUCCUUGUCUAGAAGUCGGUAAAAAAUUCUACAAAAUUAAAGAAAAUCGAUCUGGAUUACAAUAAUAUUUCACUCUUAGUCUAAAAUAGUAUUAAAAAGCUCCUAAGUGAAACGUCAAACUAUCAGACAGUUAAUACACAUCCUUCAUAAAUUAGAACGGGGGGCUCAUUCGAUCAUACCAGAAAAAUCAACCCGAAUGUUAACUCAAACAAACAAUUUUUGUACUAAAGUGAAAUUAAGGAGGAAGAAAAUGAUGGAAUGAACAGUGGCAGAGAAAAUACUUAGGAUGUGACUAAUGAUUUGACUCAGACUAGAGUGAUCGUUAAUACAUAGAGUGAUGAUUGUGGUAAUAUGUCUAUAGAAGACACGACAUCAAAAUUGGAAGAUAGAAUGCUUAGGCUAGGUUUUUCAAAAAGUAAAAGAGAUUAUAAUGCUAAAAAAAGUGAGAGAAGAGCCAAUAAUGCAAUGGUAUCAAAACAUCUAAAGUUGUUGACUCUCAAAUAAGUACCAGGAGAAAUCAGUCAAUGGUAAACUUCUAUAAAGCGCCAAUAGAUCGAAAUUCUCAAAGCAGAAAGUUACUUAGGAAUAAAGCAAUCUUCAAAGUUAAAAGACACUAUAUUCAAUCAACCAAAAAGGAUCCUAGAUCGAUCUUUAAAGCUAAGCUUAUGUAAGCAACAUUAGGGAUUAGCAUCCAUUUUACAGGAACCUGAAUGCUCUAUGAUUAUGCAGAUUGAUAUGAAUUAGAUAUCACCUAUAAAUAUGAAUAACUCAGUAGAACAAAAUAGAAACUCUAACUUUGUUGAUUAUUCCUUGUUUGAUAAUGCAGGCCAACCUUAAGUAAUUGGAAAUUCCGAGAAUUCAAAAAGAUUUUCGAAUAUAAACUAUGAAUAAAUAAAAGCAGAAAAUAAAAAUGCAUCAUUUGAGAUUCUCAAAUAAAAUAUAGCUUCAGGCUACAGUAGUGGGGAGGAUCAUUCUGAAUAAAAAAUUCUUUAGGGCCAGAGACUGAGCUAAUCAGCUAGGAAAAUUAUCUCACCAGAGAAAACUUAUGGUAAUUAGGUGAAUGAGACUUCUCAUUUUAUGAGUCCAACAAUUAAUCCAAUGCUAAUAGAUAAUGAGGAUACCUCAAUGAGAAACAGAGAUAUUGAAUGUAGAGAUCGGUCUACCCAGCAUAGAAAUCAUAUUAGUCUGACUGAGAGAUAAGAUCAAGAUAACUAUAAGGGAGGACCAUUGCAACAAGAUGAAAAGACUGAGUUCAAUAUCUAUAAUGAAAAUGGUUAGGUAAAAACUGAAUACGAUAUUGCAAAUAAAACUACAAAUUAAGUCUUUACGCAGCCUAGAUCAAACAUGGGAGACUCUCAAGGGAAAUCUAAUGAUGUGUAUUAAUUGCCCACAUCAACUUUAGGAGGCUAUUUCGAUCAUAAUUCAACUGAGACUGAAAACAUAAAAGAAGUGAUGAGAGGUGAAAUUAGUAGGCUCUAGGGGCUAUAUCAGCACUAUAGUAAUUAAUAUUUAGGCAACGAUCAAUUUUAAUCUUAAAGAACAAUUUAGAAUGAAUUUUAAACUCACCAAAAUGAAGAAGGCUAAAUAAAAAUGGUAAAUGACUAUUAUUAAUAAGACCUACAUCCCUAUUUUUAGCCAUCUAGCUAUGGUUAAUCUUAGACAGGUGUUAUCAUUUAAGGAAAAAAGUCGAGUAAUAUUACUAAUAAAAUAAAUUAUCAACAUAAUUAAUAGCUUAAUCAAUUCAGAAAUAUAACAUAGCAAUAACCUUAUAUUUGUGAGAAUAAAAUGAAAGGAGAAUAGCAAAUUUAAACCCUUAUAAACAAUAAGAUAACAUUCUAAGAGAAACUUAAAAAACUCAUGAAUGACAAUAGUAUUAAGCCCCAAAGCAAAUCUAUGAACACUACCAAUAAUAGUUUUAACGGUAUAGUUGGAGGUGGAGUUAAAUAAGAAAUUCAAAUGUUGCUAGGGCCUCACAUAAAGUCAUCAUCAAAAUACAGAUUUAUUAAUCAAAAUUCAUCCAAAUUAUUGUGA